UUGAAACAACUUCAAUAUGAGUAAAGUGGUGCUGGUCACUGGCUGUGGCAAAGGUGGCAUUGGCUACGAGUACUGCAAGGCAUUUGCUGAGCAAAACUGCUAUGUCUUUGCCUCUGAUAUCUCUCAACGUAUGAACAACGUGUUUGACCUCUCGUCGUCGGAUAACAUUGAGACGUUGGAGCUCGAUGUAUCCUCAGACGAAAGCGUGUCAUCAGCAGUGAAUGCAGUUGUAUCCAGGCACGGCCGCAUAGAUAUACUGAUCAACAAUGCCGGCAUAGGAAGCCCGGGACCCUUGGCAGAGCUUUCUUUGGAAACAGUUAAGAAAGCUUAUGAAAUAAACACAUUAGGGCAACUAAGGUUGGUGCAGCACGUGGUGCCUCACAUGGCGGCGAUGCGAAGUGGGAGGAUAGUGAAUGUGGGGAGUGUUGUUGGGAAGGUACCCACGCCAUGGGCCGGUUCCUACUGUUCUAGCAAAGCUGCAGUGCAUGCAAUUUCAGACACUUUACGCGUAGAGUUGAGACCUUUUGGGAUCGACGUGAUCCUAGUGCUUCCUGGUGCAAUAAGGUCCAACUUUGGUAAUUCCAACAUGGAGAGAUUGCAGAAUCACGAGUGGAGACUGUAUAAGCAAUUCAAGGAUGAUAUUGCCGAGAGAGCUAGGGCUUCUCAAGUUGGUAAAGCAACCGAUGCUACUGUUUUUGCGAGACAUGUUGCGAAGAAGGUUUUGAGGUCAAGGCCACCAAAGCAGAUUGCGUUUGGUCACAUGACUGGUUUAUUUGCCUUGCUUUCUUGGUCUCCGCUUUGGGUUAGGGAUCUUUUCUUUUCAACUCGUUUCAACCUUAAUAAAACACUCUAACAUCAUAUGUAAAACUGAUCUCUUGUAUUUUGUUUUUCCCCUGCAACUCUGUUUCUCAAGUUAUUGUAAUAAGUAAUCCAUCUUCUUGCAUUAGACUUUCAAUCAUGGUUUGUGGAGGGAAAGCCGCCUAAUGAUCCAUCUAUCACACAUCCCCAUCGAUCUGUUCCACACCAAAAAAAACACAAAACACAAAACAAAAAACAAAAAACAAAA